GUGUGUCGUCAGUAGCACAGGUGGUGGCGCCAUGACUCCUCCCACACUGCUUCCUCCCUCCUUCAUCCUGCCAUAAACCUCAUCCCCACACUCCUGCAGGACACACCCGCUGGAGGAAAGGACCGGCGGGAAGGCCAAAGAAGGUGGCAGUUACCUUGGCUGGCGAAGCGUUGUGUUUACUGUACCUGAGCGGCUCAGCCGCCGUAUUGUUGGAACAUCUUGCGGCCGCCGCGGGCCCGUGUGUGUUGUGUGCCUGCGGGCGGACAGCCAGUGUAGAGUUAGCCGGUGCUGUGGGUGGAACUCUUGCACCCACCGCCCCGUGCAUCACGCUGAGGGUGCAGGUGUGUGAGCUCCAGGUCUGGCGGUGCGUGGGCAGGGAGCAGGGCUGACCCGGGUCCUGGGUGGAGGAGGAGUGCUGUGGGCGGGGAGAGAGAGAGAGAGAGGGAGGAGUGUAGGCCGCGGGACCCAGGCAGCGGCAGUCAGUUAAGCCCCUGAGUCAGGCGGUGUGUGCAGGGUGCGGUGGUGCUGGCCCCGCAAACCCCUUUAGUUAGUCCAGUGUAGCUAGUGACUCUAGUACCCUUCGACCCGUGCUCUCUCCCGCUGCUGCUGCUGCACUAGUUGUUGACACUAGUGCUACUAGCCCCGCCACCAGGCGCUCCUAGACCCGACCCUCUGCCCUCACAAUGUCAACGCACCACUACUACAAGGGCCGGCUGGGCUUCGACCCCGCCGAGGCCCGGGCAAAUGGUACCCGAGACGGACACAACACGGGCGCCGACUUCAAGACAUUUGGCGGAUACGAGGAAUCUCUCAGCAAGUUCAAAGACGAAAGGGACGCCAUCCAGAAGAAGACUUUCACAAAAUGGGUGAACAAACAUUUGAAAAAGCACUGGGGAUAUGGCGAGCAGUACACCUGUAUUACCGUCUGCAGCAACUGCAGCGACGACUCCUGCUGCUCCCCCGUUGCGGGGAAGCAGGUGCGGGACCUGUUCGAGGACCUGCGGGACGGCCACAACCUCAUCUCCCUGCUGGAGGUGUUGUCGGGCGAGCACCUCCCUCGAGAGCGUGGCCGCCUUCGCUUCCACAUGCUCCAGAACGUCCAGCUCACCCUCGACUUCCUGAGAUACCGCAAGAUCAAGCUGGUGAACAUCCGGUGUGAGGACAUCGUUGAUGGGAACCCCAAGUUGACGCUCGGUCUCAUAUGGACCAUCAUCCUCCACUUCCAGAUCUCUGACAUCAUGGUGGGGCAGGCGGAGAACCUGACGGCCAAGGAGGCCCUGCUCCGCUGGGCCCGCAACACCACCCACAAGUACCCCAACGUCGAGGUGAAGAACUUCACCACCUCGUGGAGGGACGGUCUCGCCUUCGUCGCCAUCAUCCACAGAAAUAGCGACAUCAUCCACAGCAGAAGUGCGUCUCGAAGUGGGGCCUCCGACACUGUGGGGUCUGUUCCAGGGGGCCCCGAGCCAAGGGUCACUGGGACUGUGCCACCCGACCUGGUGGACUGGCGCAACCUUCGCCAGAGGAUGCCCAGAGAACGCCUCGAGACCGCCUUCCACGUCAUGGAGCGCGAGUACGGUGUCACCCGACUUCUCGACCCUGAAGAUGUUGAUACCCCAGAACCAGACGAGAAGUCGCUCAUCACCUACGUGUCGCAGCUCUAUGAAAUAUUCCCAGAGCCACCCAGCAUCCACCCACUUUUCAACAUUGAAGCACAGAGGAAGCUUGAGGAGUACCGGGAGAUGUCCACCACACUGCUACACUGGAUCCGUGAACACAUCUCCAUCAUGAGGGACCGACACUUCCCCUCCAACACCGUCGAGCUCAAGAGAAUGGCCCAGGAGAGCACCAGAUUCCGACAAGAAGAAGUUCCACCUCGACUCAGAGAUAAGAACAGUUGUCAGCGCCUGUACCGCGAGAUCCAGAAGCUGCUGGAUGGCACAGGCUUCUUGGAGGACGAGCUGGCCCCCGAGUUGCACUACAACAGCGUUGACGCCGAGUGGAACAAGCUCAUGUCCCUCUACCAAGAGAGGGACGACGCCCUGCAUGACUCCUUGUCUGGUGCUGAUAGGCUUCAACGACUUGCGGAGAAAGUUCACCGAGAAAUCAAACAAACGGAGGUAACUCUGGAGGAGGUAGAGGUUCGAAUAGAGGACGAGGCAAGGAGAGUGGAGCGCCUCCACCCCAUGGACGCCAAACGUAACUGUGAUGCCCUUGAUGGAGAGCUGGCCCAGUGUGAGGACACCAUCAAGACCCUGCACUCUGAUGUGAAGGUGUUGAGGGAGGGCAAGUACCACGAGGCCCCGACGCUUCAUAAGAGGGUUGUGAAACUAGAAGAGCGAUAUGUUAGUGUUAGGACCCUCUUCGAGAACCGCCUUCUUAUAGUUCUGAACAACCGGUCGUUUACACAGCAAGAAUCUUACACGACGACGAAGAGGAUCAUAGUGUCAGAGUCCCGACUUGUCGAAACGAACGAACACUUCCGGUUCCUUCAGGAGUGUAUCAACUGGUGCAAAGACAAACUUAAAAAGUUGAAUGAGAGCGAGUACGGCAACGACCUGGCGGCCGUCGAGAAGGAGUACGACACCCACCACAAGGAGCACAAGAUCAUUCAUCAGUUCCAUACCAACGUGGACCAGUGUGCUGCUGCUGAGAAUAACUUCAAUGGUGAAGAACACACGGUGUACAUCAGCCUGCUGUCUCAGCUGCGGAAGAUCUACGCUGAGUUACUUUCACUGAGCAACAAGCGUGUGUCUGACCUGCACAGCCUGCUGGACUUCCUGCAGGCCGCCACCCAGGAGCUCAUCUGGCUCAACGAGCGGGAAGAACAAGAGCUCAACAGAGACUGGGCGAACAAGUCUCUUAACAUCAGUGACGUGGAGCGAUAUUACGAGAAGCUAAUGGGUGAGCUGGAGAAGAGAGAGGUGCAGUUCAGUGCUGUCCAGGACCGCGGUAACAGCCUGGUUAUCGGACACCACCCGGCCAGCAAGACCGUCGAGGCGUAUCUGGCCGCCAUGCAGACGCAAUGGCAAUGGCUUCUGGAACUGACACUUUGUCUGGAGACCCACCUCCAACACGCCUCCCACUACCACACCUUCUUUACCGACAUCGCAAAUGCAGAGCAGUGGGUCUUGGCACAAGACGAGAAAUUGAACACAACCUUUUCGGUGACUGACUUUGGUCUUGACGAUGGCGAGCAGCUUCUGCGGGAGAUGCAGGACAUUCGCGAGGAGCUGGCUCAGUUCAACACCACUGUCGAUGAGCUCAUCAACAGGGCCAAGACUGUCGUGCCUCUCAAGCAACGCAGACAGACCCUAAGACAGCCCACAACAGUAACAGCAAUCUGCAAUUACAAGAAAAUGGAUAUGAGCAUCAACAAGGGGGAGCGCUGCACGGUUCACGACAACAGCAACCGCGUCAAAUGGAGCGUGGUGACCAACUCCGGCAACAAGGGCAUGGUGCCGGGCGCCUGCUUCACCAUUCCCCCACCCAACCAGGAGGCCAUUGACGCCGCGGAGAAGCUCAAGCGCCAGUACGAACGAUGCAUCGCCCUAUGGCAGAAAAAACAGUUGCGCAUGCGUCAGAACAUGAUCUUUGCUACCAUUAAAGUUGUCAAGAGCUGGGACUUGGCCCAGUUCAUAGCGAUGGGAGCAGAGCAGCGCAACGCCAUCCGUAAAGCCCUAAACGAAGACGCAGAGAAACUGCUGCAGGAGGGCGACCCGAACGACCCGCAGCUGAGACGACUCAAGCGGGAGAUUGACGAAGUCAACAGACUCUUCGACGAGUUCGAGCGACGCGCAAAUGAGCCCAAGCCAGGAACAGUGUUGGUUGAGCAGUGCAAUAGCCUGAAGGAAUACCUUGACAUGAUGGAGAAGAUGCUCAUCCAAAGGUGCCUGGCCUCCAUUCCUAGGGAUCUGGAUCUCCUUGAGCAGUUGGUCAUUGAGCACAAACAGUUUGAAAAUGACCUCUCUUCGCACGAGCUGGAGGUUGAGAGUAUCCAGAAGAACUACCAGAACCUGUCCCGUCGAACACCAGCCAUUCAAAGGACAGUCGAGUCCAUCACACAACAGUGGGAUCGUAUUUGGGCCCUGUCACAUGUUUACAUUGAGAGAAUGAAAUGUGUGGAAAUGGUUGUGACAGGCAUUGAGGAGGGUUCACAAGUAGUUUCCGAAAUAGAGUUGAAAUUGGCUGAACACCAGGACCUGCCUGAUGACCUGGAUGACCUAGAGCAUGAACACCAACAGUUGCUUAACAUUCAACAAGUUAUCCAUGACCAUCAGGCGCUGAUUGAUCGUCUUCUUGAAGAAUGCCGUAAUGUUCGCACGCUUGUUGUUAAGUCCAGACCUACCCAAAAGAUACACCCAGAUGUUGAUAAACUUGAAGAAGAUGUGAGGAAACUUCGCAUACGAUGGGAGAAUAUUUGCUCACAGAUCAUAGAGAGGCUGCGAAGUUGUGAGGCUGCAUGUGAGCUUCUUACUAAGUAUCGUAAUGGCCAUGACAUUGAAAAGGUAGAAUUAGAUGACAUGAAGAAUGGCCUCCGCAGUCAGAAGAUUGAAGACCUAGGUCCCUCAGAGGCAGAAAUCGAACUUGAAAGGCUGAGGAGUAUGUACAUGAAAAUUAUAGAGAAGAAAACAAGCAUAGAACAUGUAAAUACCCUUGGCGGCCGAUUCAUACGGGAAGCCAAGAUCUAUGACUUGCGCCUGUCCCAGUACAAGGCCAGUCUAGAGGACGUUCACCCUAGUCUGGACGCGAGCCUAAGCAAGAGGCCUCGCAUCCAGAGCGGGGGCGACAAUGUCAUGCAACAGCUUGACAAACUGAACAACCAGUACCAGUUCAUCGCAGAUGAAACUUACGAUCGCAUAGCCAAGAUCUACAAUCGUUUCCAGUAUGAAAAAACCUUCAAUUUCCAACUGGAAGACUUGACACCUGUAAGUCUGGAGAAAACCUUCCGGACAGAGCUCAACCUGCCUGAUGUCCGCCCUGACCUCUCUACCCCAAUUAUCAUCGAUGAUGACAAGGAAUAUCGAGCUCGAUCAGAAGCCCAAUUGACCGUCACAAGUGGGUCCAUUCCCUCUCAGCGCCACUCUUCUGCCACACAGCUUAUAGAACCGGACUAUGUGGAUGGGCAUGUAGCCACUACCACCACCCAUGUAGGUUCCUCCCUACAGGUCACUACCACGACCUCCACUCGCCGCCUAGCUGCUGUUACUGCAGCAUCUGGAGCUUCAGAGCCUCAUAUAGUGCAUCCUGUUACAGGUGAAAAGCUUUCUUUGCAUCAGGCCAUGGAGGGUGGGUUGGUAGACCUUGCAUCAGGUACACUGACUCACCCUACCACUGGCGAGAGCAUUACUUUGUCUGAAGCUGUGGAACGUGGUUAUGUAAGCUCCAUGCUGUUGGAACACUUGGAAACACCCUGUGGUAUAAUAGACCCAACCACGGGACGGGAGCUAACACUGUUACAGGCGACAAGACGAGAGUUGUACAGUCCUCGGGAAGGCGCCUUCAGGGACCCUACAACAGGCAAACUGUUAACACCUGAAGAAGCAGCAAAGAUUGGUUUCAUCAUUUUAGAGAAGGUAAGCUACUUUACCCAGCUUUGUGUACCAGUGGUGGCUUCGCUCUCUCUGUAUGAUGCGAUAGUUGAAGGCCAUGUUAAUGUGCGCACGGGAGAGUUCACAGUUCCAUCUACAGGAGAAAAGAUUCCUAUGACUCAAGCUUUUGCCAGAGGAUUCAUAUCUGCUGAACCAUCACCAGUUUUAACAAGUGGAAUAUGUCUGUCCGAAGCCAUCAGCCAGGGGUUCAUUGAUGAUUAUUCGGGUCAGGCCGUAGAUAGAAAUUCUGGUAACAAGUACACAUUAGAUGAGGCUGUUCAGAAAGGACUUUUGGCAUCUCAUAUUCGUGAGGUAGUGAAUUCAGAUACUGGAUGUAAACUAACUGUAGCAGAAGCCAUUAAUGAAGGUGUGUUGAAUGUUACAACUGGACGGUAUGUUAAUAAUGUUACUGGGCAAAAGUUGCAGUUCUUGGAAGCUAUGCAGCAACAACUUAUUUGUCGACCUUACACUCUGAAAGACUGUAAUGAUUUGAAGCUUUUAGACAAUAAUGGGCAUAUUCAAGAUCCACAAAUUAAGGAUUAUAUACCACUGUUGGAAGCUGUUGGCAAGGGCAUAGUUGAUGUCGAUUUAAAAUCGGUGAAAGACACGGCCAGCAAAACCCUUCUUACUUUGCCUGAAGCUUUCAUGUUCUCUGUACUCCUGCCUGAAGGUAAGUACAGAGAUACAGAAAGUGGAGAGGUGAUAAGUCUUAUUGAUGCUGUGAAUAGAGGCCUUAUCACAUCAGUAUCCACUAAAACAAUAUUUGAUAUUGAUGGUAUUAAGGAUCCUGAAACUGGGGAUUACAUUAGUUUUAAAAUAGCAAUGCUUAAAGGUGUCAUAAAUCCUAAAACUGGUUUAUUUAACCUGAAGACCGGAAGUACUAUGAGUCUGGAGGAUGCAGUUUUAGAAAAGAUGAUUCAACCACAAAUUCUUGAAACUCUUAAAAUGAAUAUUGGAAUUUUUGAUAAUGAUGGGAAGGAGAUAAAUGUUGUAGAAGCAGUUCUGAAUGGUAAUCUUGACCCAAAUACAGGGCAAAUCUUGGAUCCUAAAACAGGGAAGGCUGUUGCCCUUGAAGAUGCAGUGAAUAGAAAAUUAAUCACACCAGAAGGUGCAGCUACUCUCCGGGGGCUGUUGAGUGUUACUGUCACUACUGCUACAAUUACAAAGACAAUUAAGAGGUAUGUAACUGUCAAAAGUACUGGAAUUCAUACCACAGAAUCAAGAGUUACUCUUCAGGAAGCAAAACACAGGGGUCUUAUAAAUGAAGCUCAAGGCACCUAUCAUGACCCAGAAAGUAAUCGAACUAUGCCAUUAGACGAGGCCAUUCAGCAGGGUCUAGUUACUUUGUCAACAGAAUGGCCUUCUGCAUUGCCUGGUGCUAAUGCCAUUACCCCAGAUUCCUUGCUUCCUGUUUCUUCAGUAAGGGAAACUGUCAAGCGACAUCACUCCCCAGAGAAAUAUCCUAGUCCAUCCAAGAGUGCCAGAACCAGUAUUUCACCAGAACGACCACCAAGAUCUCACAGUUCUUCACCAUCAAAGACCCCACAUAGAUUGGGUUCUCCUACAAAAACCAGCCCAGUUUCUUCUGACAAAAUACUUUAUGAAGAUCAGCGUGUGCCCCAAUCAUCGCCCUCUAAAUCGCCAGAAAGAAUACUUGGAAGAACUAGCCUUCCUACAUCUCCACAGAAAACUAGCAAAGUUCUUUCACCUAUUAGAACAUUUCCCUCUUCCCCAUCCAGAACUCCAGAGAGCAUAGUGUCACCUCUGGAAAGCAGUCAUUCAGUCUCCUCAGAGAAGGGAAAGGAUAAAGAAUUUUCUCCAAAAUCACCAGAAAGAACAGCAUCACCAAUAAAAGCAGGACAUAUAACUUCACCUGACAAAAAACAGAGACCAGAUUUCAUAGAAACCUUGGUAUCGCCUUCAAAGGGUAAAGCCUUACCAACUAAAUUAGCAGAGUCAUCUGUCAAGGAAUUGGAGCAACUUGAUGAUUCUUUAGUGUCUUCUCCAAGUUCUGGAUCAGCUUCCCCAUUAAAAUUUGUUGCUACUAGACCUGACACAUUAUUUCAGACUGUAAACGGAUCACAGGAUGGCUCGCCCAUAAAAUCUCAACCUGAAUCCCCAUCGAGAUCUUACAGCUCAAGACAAGGAUCGCCAUAUACUUCAAGAGGUGAAUCCCCCAUUAAAUCAUUUGGUUCAAGGCCAGAUUCUCCAAUGAAAUCUAGUGGAAUUGGACCAGAGUCUCCCCUGAAAACAGAUGAAUCUGUCCCAACAUCACCUGAUAAGGGUAUGCCAGGAAGCUCAAUAGUAUCACCAGAAAGACCUCCUAGAAAAAUAAAGAGUUAUCUUAGGUCUCCUGCUGAUUCUGUUGAUAGUGCCAUGGGGAAUGUUGAUGAUACUGAUAUGACAUCAUCUGGUGCAUCACUUACAGGCACCACAACUGUAUUUAAUGAGAGCUAUUCUGCAAAGACUCGAACUCUUGAGCUGCCACCAGAUGGCUGGUAUCUUAAGGAAGCAAUAGAUGAGAAGCUGUAUGAUCCUGUAAUGGGUCUUUUCACAAUACCAGGCACUGAUAGAUUAGUUAGCUUUGAAGAGUGUGUCAAAAUUGGGAUUAUUGACUAUCAAUCAGCUGAAGUUGUAGACCCAAAGAAUGGGAGGAGAAUUACUCUUACAAGAGCCCUGGACAAGUCUGUUCUUGACUGCACUGGAAAAUAUCCUGACGAGUCUAAUCCAGGCAGGAGGCUUACCAUGAAAGAAGCUAUAACUAAAAACUUAGUAAUCUUAAAAGAUCGGUCAGAUGAGAUAACCGAUUAUGUAUCUGGUCGUAUUAUUCAAAUAACAAGUGUUGAGGGCCAGCCAGACAAAGUUCAGGUGUCAGGUGGUUUAGAAGGUGUUCCCUCUGCUGUAUUCAGAGAAAUUAGAACUAAUGAACCAACAGUUGAUGCUACUCUUGUUGAAAUUAAACCUGGUAUGACUUUUAACCCUACAGAAGGCAGUGUUCAUUUAGAAGAUGGCUCAGUUUUAGAUGUUGUAACAGCAGUUAAAGAAGGGAAAAUCCAACCAACUGGUGUCAAAGUGAAGGAUCCUUACUCUGGGCGUGAUCUGAAUCUGAGUGAAGCUAUAAGAAAGGGAGUUAUUGAUAAAGAUUCUGGAGAAUACAAAGACAAAACUGGUCGUAAAUUAUCUUUGACUGAUGCUGCCAAGUAUGGAAUCCUUGGAGUUGCUGCUGUUAUAGGUGCCCCAGUUAUUGCUGGGGUGGCUGCUGCACAAGCAAUCAAGAGAGGCAUUAAGAAAGUUAAAAAGGUUGAUCCUAAGACUGGAGCAGAGAUCAUAAUUGAAGAAAGUGUUGAAAUAAUCACAGAUUCUACACCAGAGGAACCCCUCGAGUCGGUGGUUGGUAAGCGUUCUCGCACCACCAUAAAAUCUACCACUGUUGUUGAAACAGAUGUCAUACUUCAAGACCCUGUGACAGGAAAGGAGAUUUCUCCUGAAGAAGCAUUUUCACGGGGGCUGAUAUCCCCCAAAGAACUGGAGGAAAUUAGGAACACAGCACAUGGAAAGAUCCAAGAAAUUCAACAACAGGCAGGAGGUAAAGAGAUAGAUAGUGGUCCAGAAGAGAAGGUAUUUGAAUUUCUUCAUUUAGAUGAUGUAAAAGGAACAGAAGUGCAAGAUAUAGUAAAAAUGCAGGAAGAUUUUGACAAACUUUCACCAGUAAAGUUGUCUCCCAUUGGUCAGCUGCUCUCUGAGAGCAAACUAGAACCUUCUAAAGAACAUGAGGCUCCUGAAGGUAAACAAGAUAUUUUGAGUCAGGCAUUACCUUCUGAAUUUAGACAAGAGGCACCUAGUCAGAUCAUACCAUCUGAGGGCAAGCCGGAGCCCACUGCAGUUGAGGUCCUACCAUUCGAGGGCAUGCCGGAGCCCACAGCAGCUGAGGUCCUGCCAUCCGAGGGCAAGCCGGAGCCCACUGCUGCCGAGGUCCUGCCAUCCGAGGGCAAGCCGGAGCCCACUGCUGCCGAGGUCCUGCCAUCCGAGGGCAAGCCGGAGCCCACUGCUGCCGAGGUCCUGCCAUCCGAGGGCAAGCCGGAGCCCACUGCUGCCGAGGUCCUACCAUCAGAGGGCAAGCCGGAGCCCACUGCUGCCGAGGUCCUGCCAUCCGAGGGCAAGCCGGAGCCCACCGCAGGCGAGGUCCUGCCAUCCGAGGGCAAGCCGGAGCCCACCGCAGGCAAGGUCCUGCCAUCCGAGGGCAAGCCGGAGCCCACUGCAGCCGAGGUCCUGCCAUCCGAGGGCAAGCCGGAGCCCACCGCAGCCGAGGUCCUGCCAUCCGAGGGAAAACCGGAGCCCACCGCAGCCGAGGUCCUGCCAUCCGAGGGCAAGCCGGAGCCCACUGCAGCUGAGGUCCUGCCAUCCGAGGGCAAGCCGGAGCCCACCACAGCCGAGGUCCUGCCAUCCGAGGCCAAGCCGGAGACCACCACAGCCGAGGUCCUGCCAUCCGAGGGCAAGCCGGAGCCCACAGCUGCUGAGAUCCUGCCAUCCGAGGGCAAGCCAGAGCCCACCGCAGCCGAGGUCCUGCCAUCCGAGGACAAGCCAGAGGCCACAGCAGCCGAGAUCCUUCCAUCCGAGGACAAGCCAGAGCCCACAGCAGCCGAGAUCCUUCCAUCCGAGGACAAGCCAGAGCCUACAGCAGCCGAGGUCCUGCCAGAGCCCACAGUAGCCAAGAUCCUUCCAUCCGAGGACAAGCCGGAGCCCACAGCAGCUGAGGGCAAGCCGGAACCCACAGCAGCCGAGGGCAAGCCGGAACCCACAGCAGCCGAGGUUCUACCAUUAGAAGGAAAGCCGGAGCCCACCGCAGCCGAGGUCCUGCCAUCCGAGGGCAAGCCAGAGCCCACAGCACUCGAGGUCCUGCCAUCCGAGGGCAAGCCGGAGCCCACAGCAGCCAAGGUCCUGCCAUCCCAGGGCAAGCCGGAGCCCACAGCAACUGAGGGCAAGCCAGAACCCACAACAUUCGAGGUCCUGCCAUCCCAGGGCAAGCCAGAGCCCACAGCAGCCGAGGUCCUGCCUUCCGAGGGCAAGCCAGAGCCCACAGCAGCCGAGGUCCUGCCAUCUGAGGGCAAGCCAGAGCCCACAGCAGCCGAGGUCCUGCCAUCCGAGAGCAAGCCGAAGCCCACAGCAGCUGAAGUCCUGCCAUCCGAGGGCAAGCCGGAGCCCACAGUAGCCGAGGUCCUGCCAUUACAGGGCAAACUGGAGCCCACAGUAGCCGAGGUCCUGCCAUCCCAUGGCAUGCCGGAGCCCACAGCAGCCGAGGUCUUGCCAUCCCAGGGCAAGCUGGAGCCCACAGCAGCCGAGGUCCUGCCAUCUGAGGGCAAGCCGGAGCCCACCGCAGUUGAGGUCCUUCCAUCUGAGGGCAAGCCGGAGCCCACCACAGUCGAGGUCCUGCCAUCCGAGGGCAAGCCGGAGCCCACAGCAGCCGAGGUCCUGCCAUCUGAGGGUAAGCCAGAACUCAUAGCCAAGAUUAUGCCUUCAGAAAGUAAAUCAGAGGCCUUCAUUAUUGCUCAGCCUUCUGAAAGUGAGCUUCAAUUAUCCAGUGAUGCUUUGCCUUUAAACAAUAAGCCAGAGUUAUCCGUUGCAACACCUACAGUAGAUGAAAUUAAGGAUCCACAAAGUAUUAAAAUAUUGCCAGAAGUUUUGGAUACUAUGGAUAAUAAACCUCAAGAUGUUGAUGUGCAGUUGCAUAAAGUCAGAUUAGUUAAAACAUCAAGCAGAGAUAAGAGUCCUGAACAAGCAGAUUCAGAUAGGAGGAUGUCUCUUGGAGAAAGGACGAGAGAGCGUGUUACAACAGAGCCCAAAUUUAGUGUUGCUAUUGGCCGUGCAAAGUCAAUGCCAAGUCCUGAUCAUGAAGGAAAACUAGUUGUGUUACAGAAAGUAUGUAGAAGAUCCAUGAAACCCAAGCAGGCAGCUUCCAAAGGUGUUGUUGAUGAAAAAACUGCAGCAAUACUGGAGGAUCCAAACACUUUUCUUGGACCAGGUGGAGAAUCUUUGUCUUUGGAGGAAGCUUUAAGAUUAAAGAAAGUUGAUGGUGACAGUGGGGCUAUUGUUGAUGUAGCAUGUGGAGAGCCAUUGACCAUCAAUGAAGCUGUUGAGAGUGGUGUUCUUGAUGGCACUACAGGAAGUGUUCUUGUGCCAGUUGGAAGGAGUGUCACUCUACCAGAGGUAGUAUCUCAGGGGCUCUUUGAUAAAGAUACCCAGAGAUUCAUUCAUCCAGAAACUGGCAGUCGAUUGACUUUACGUGAAGCUAUACUUUGUGAUAUUGUUGAUCCUGUAUCUCAGAUUUUAGAACCUGAAACGCAUCAGAUCAUUACUCUCGAUGAAGCUAUUCAGAAGGGUAUUAUUGACUCACAAUCUGGCCAGGUAAUUACAACAGAAGGUCCAGUGUCAAUUUUAGAGGCAAUUGAUUUGACUGAUGUUUUUGUUACCUCAGCAGUUGCUAGAGUUGAUUGGCUGCCUCCACUUGGGAUGACAUUCCCUGUGGCAUUAGAGAGGGGUCUUGUUGAUGUUGACAACAAAGAAAUUAUACAUCCAGUGACAAGUGAUCGGCAGUCAUUGAAAACUGCUAUUGACAAUGACUUCAUUCUUGCUUUGCCAUGUCCCAUUUUGCCAGAGAGUGUACAAGUUACUCAAGCUUUGGAAUGUAAACUUAUAAAUACUGAUGCAUGCACAUUUACUAUUCCAAACACUGGUGAAGAAGUGCCAGUUGUGGAAGCAGUUGAAAGUGGUCUGCUACAGAUUAAACCUAUGACAAAAGUAAUAGCAGAUAGUAUUGAUGUAAGUAGAGAUAUCACAUAUACUGAAACUAUUACUUCAUAUGAAACUAUAACAACAAAAACUGUGAGAGUAGUUCCAGGAUAUGUCUUAAUCAGCUCCACUGAAGUUAAGAAUAUUAGCACAGGGGAAAUCAUCACACUAGAUGAGGCUAAAAAGCAAGGUAUAGUUGACUUUGAUACAGAAACAAGGCCUGAAGAAAAACUGACAUUCCGAGAGGCCGUUGAACAAGGGCAUAUUGAUUUUGCCACAGGUACCUUCCAAGACCCUGUAACAAACGAUCUAAUUCCUAUUGACAAAGCCAUUCAACUUGGUUUAGUUGAACCUACAGAGCCAGCACCAUCUACUGAGGUAACUAGUAAGAUAAAUAUAAUGCAAGCCUUCUCUACCAUCUACCAUGAAAAAUCUGGGAAGUUCAAAGACCCACAAACUGGAAUAUUGUUGACUCUGGAUGAAGCUGUUGACAAAGGAGUAAUUGAUGCUGAUGUAAUGGUGUAUGAUACAAAGAGUGGAAAUGCAUUAACUACUAAAGAAGCAGUAGAUAGAGGAGUAAUUGAUGUUGAAGCAGGUGACUUCAUUGAUCCUAAAUCUGGAAGCAAAGUCAAAGUUAAGGAUGCUGUGAAAAUGGGUUUGCUUGCUGUUAUAGGUGCUCCUAUUCUUGCAGGAAUGGCAGUCAAAGAAGUAAUUAAAGGUGCUCGUGAGAAAUUUAAAAGAUCGCCCACUCCAACGAGAACAACUGUAAUCACAGAGAUUAUAGAAGAAUAUUUGCCAGCCAGAACAGCUGAAGAUAUGCUUAAGAGGUCAUCUUUACUUCCUGAAGAUCAAGUGUGUUUCCCUGUCAUUGAGAUUGGCCAGAAAAUGACGUUAAGAACUGCAAUGGAGGGAGGUUACAUCGAUGUUGACUUAUGUGUUGUAGUACUUCCAUCUACUGGAAACAGGCGACCCUUGCGACGAGCAGUGAGAGAGGGUUCCAUUACUCUAAUCACCGUCAUUGAAAUUCGAAGUCGAACUGAAAUUUGGAUAGUUGAGGAAAUAACAGUUAUAACAGAAGUGGUCAAGUCCUUAGAUCCAGCAAUUAUGGCCCAAAAGGGGCAAUAUGAUCCUGAAAGUAGAAUUUUCAUUGACCCAGCAACAGGAGAGCCAGUGCCUUUCCAAAAAGCACUUGACACUGGCUCUUUUAGUCCAGAGAAUACACUUGUAAAAGAUCCUUCUACUGGACGAGAAAUGCCUCUCAGUAAUGCUAUCGAAGAAGGAAUAGUAAACCCUACCACGGGGGAAAUUCUAGACUUGCAAACUGGAGAAACUAUUAAUUUCUUUGAAGCUGCAAAGAAAGGUUUGGUGAAACCUGAUGACAAGAAAGAACCUAAAAAAGUGAAAAUACAACCAGAACCCAUGAUUGCAUUAAAUGAAGCCAUUGAGCAAGGCCUUUUGAAACCUGACACUGGUAUAUUUAUUAAUCCUAAUAAUGGAGAGAGUCUCAUAAUUGGGGAAGCUAUACAAAGUGGUCUUCUCGAUCCAUCCUCUAUACAAAUAUAUGACCCUAGAAAUGAAGAUAUUAUUUCUUUAAAAGAAGCCAUUGAUACUAGUCUUGUUGACUUAUCUACUGCUACAUUUACUGACCCUGAAAAUGGAUGUGAAAUGGAUUUUACAACAGCCCUUACCAAAGGCAUACUAGUGGCCAAAAGAAAGCCCAUGUCUCUAGUGGCUGUAGUAAAGAAGAAUUUGUAUGAUCCAAACUCUGGCAAGAUAAUAGACUCGCUCAUGAAACAAAAACUGGAUGUAGAUGAGGCAGUUAAGAGGGGAGUAGUAGAUUCUUUUAUCACCCUUUGUAAAGAUGUUAAGGCAGACAAAUAUGUUACCUUAGAUGAUGCUCUGCUUCAUGAUCUGGUUGUGGCUCAGAAUGGGAAACUGAAGAAUACUAAAAAGAAUACUUUUAUCACAUUUGAUGAAGCUGUGAAGCAAAGUUUGAUUGUGACACAGCAAAACCCCGUGCCUCUUGUUGAUGCUGUGUUAUGUGAUAUGUAUAAUCCAGAAGAUGGCCACUUUUAUGAUCCCUGUGAAGGUGAAGAGUUAACAUUGAAUGCAGCAAUGUCUUGCAAACUCCUUGAUGUUAAUACAUGUAAAGUGAAAUUAAAUGAUGACUUACACACUGUCAGUGAUGCUCUACAAAAAGGCAUUUUGGAUGGAGAAACAGGAAGAUUGCUACAACCAGAACAAAUGAGCUUGGAUAAAGCAGUGAAGAAAGGUUACCUUGUGCCAGUCUUAGGCUCCCUUUCAUUACAACAGGUUCUUGAAGAUGGGUUGUAUGAUUCGGAAACUGGUCUGGUCACUGUAGAUGGUGACCGUAUUACUAUACAUGAAGCUGUCCAGCGAAAUAUUAUUGAUCCCUCUUGCCUGUCAGUAAAAGAUCCUAGAACUGGUGAAGCAAUUACUCUGGAAGAAGCUGUCAAAGUUGGCAUUAUUGAUCCAAUGACAGGAACAUUCAGAGAUCCCAUCACAGGAGCUGAUAUUGAAUUGAUGGAAGCCUUAACCAAGGGUGUUGUUACAGAAGGUCGUACAAAGUUUACUCUGUAUCAGGCUGUAAUGAAAGGCUUUUACAAUCCUAAUACAGGACGCAUUACCAAUCCCUUGUCAACAGAUCAGAUGACAGUGAGCCGAGCAAUACGAUCAGGCUUCAUUGACCCCAGUACAACCUUAGCCAGAGACCCUAGCACAGAGAAGUUGAUGAGUUUCAAACAGGCAGUUUACAAGGAACUUCUUGAUACCAGCACUGGGAUGUUUAACUUUGGAAGAAUUAAAAAGAUGAACUUCAAGGAUGCAUUUGAGCAAGACUAUCUUAUUGAAGCACCAAUGCCAAUGGCUUUGAGGGUUGUGAUUAUGAAAGGGCUUUAUUCUGAAGAAUUUGGGAAAUUCUUGAACCCAAGCACAGGAGAAUGGAUUACUCUCUCUGAAGCACUAGCUUCACAAAUGAUUGACUCAGACUCGGCCCAUGUGAAGGACACCAUCUCUGGUCGCCUUAAAAAGGUGAAUCUAAGGGAGGCUGUUGAAUAUGAAAUAAUUGAUGGAGAGUUAGCACUAGUAAAGAAUUACCAAACUGAUACUAGGCACACGUUAUUGGAAGCAUAUGAACUGACACUCAUAAUAGAUAGUCGUGUUGCCAUGUCUCUGCAGCGUGCACUGCACCAAGGUUUACUAGAUGAAGAGCAGGGACUCUUGACUGAUGUUAACACUGGUAGAAAGAUAACCCUACAUGAAGCCAUGCGCAGGUUGGUCAUAAAUCCUAGUCUUCCAUGCUACUGGGACAUAAGUACAUCAACUUGCUUCUCUCUUGUGCAGACAUGUAGGGAGGGUAUUAUCGAUCGCAGACAUGGCAAGUUCAAUGACCCAAAGUCUGGCUGUACUCUUACUCUUAUAGAUGCUCUUGAGCACGGUAUGAUCCUCGAUAUUGACAAACCACAAAGUCUGUAUGAUGCUGUUAUCAUGGGUUUCCAUGAUAACAAGUCAGGCCGUAUGAUCCAACCAAACACUGGCCGCAAAUUAACUCUUGCAGAUGCUUGCAAGCAAGGUAUUAUUGAUAUAUCCACCUCAAUUAUUAGAGAUCCUAAUAAAUCUCGCUUCUUGAAAUUAAAUGCUGCUGUUAAUGAAGGUAUUGUUGAUGAUGUAAAUGGCAAGUAUAUUAUGCCGAACACCAAAGAAGAGUUGUCACUGGAGGAGGCUGUUGACAGGAACCUGAUUGUUACUUCUAAACGACCACUUACUAUUGAAGAAGCACUGAAGUACAGUCUGUAUUCUCCAGAAUCUGGUCGUUUCACAGAACCAUGUGUGGGAGAUAAGCUUGAUUUGACAGAGGCAAUUAGUCAUUGUCUCAUUGAUGGCAAUACUUCUGCCCUGAAGAAUCCUUUGGACGAGUCGAUAAAGAGCAUUCGGUCAGCUAUAGAAGAGAAAGAGAUUAAUUCUUCUACAGGGCUUGUAACUGAUCUUCAGACAAAGAAGACUUACACUAUCAAUGUAGCAUAUGAAAGAGGGCUCAUUGUAACAGUAGGCAAGCCAAUCAGUUUCAUGCAGGCAGUUAGACAAGGGUGCAUUGACUUGGAAAAGGGCACAUUCACUGACCCUGAAUCAAAUAAGGAGUAUACUCUUGAGGAAGCACUUUGCUUUGAGCUUAUUGAUCCAGAUUCUGCAGUCAUCAAAGAUCCAAACACUGGCAGAUACAAGACUCUUAAGCGUGCCAUAGGAGAAGGACUUGUUGACCUAAAGAAAAGGGCUCUUUUCGAUCCUCAAAGUGGGACUUUAAAGACCCUUUGCAUUAUUUUUGACCAGGGCACCAUUGUAUUUCUCAGAGAACCAUUGUCAUUUGAUGAGGCCAUUGACAAAGGUUACCUUAACACUGAAACUGGCAUGUAUACUGAUCCAAACUCAAAAGAGAUAUUAAACCUGAGGGAGACAUGUCGCUUGGGCCUCAUUGACCCAGAAACUGUACUGGUGAAGAAUACACGGAGCAGACAGCUGAUUCAACCAGUAGAAGCAUGUGAAACAGGAGUCAUUGAUUCACAGAAGGGUAUGGUGUACAACACAGCCACCAGUCACCUUCUUACCAUUGCUGCAGCUAUUGAGGCUGGUUUGGUAGUAACACCAUGUCGUGGUCUUGCCCUCCUUGAAGCUCUUGACUAUGGUCUGUACAAUGUUGAGACUGGACAUCUUUUGAAUCCUUACCUGAAGCAACAUGUUACUUUGCAAGAAGCUAUUGCCUGUGGGCUGAUCGAUAGCACCACAACAAUGGUCAAGUGUCCCGUCAGUGGCAACAUCCAGAGCAUGGCAGAAGCUGCACGGAGUGGGGUACUUGAUGAGCAAGGUGGCGCCGUGGUGGAUUCGUCCUCUGGCAUCCGCUAUCCACUUCCAGAGGCCCGUCGUCAAGGUUACCUACUCACCGCACAAGCGCGGCAAGCCAUGAUUGAGAAGUACAGACAGUGUGAUACAACCAUUGUGGAUAUAAUUGAUAAGGUGAGCGAGAUUGAACGACGCCUGGCAGAACAAGAGCCUGUUAGUGAGAAUACUAAUGGACUCCGCAACCAGAUUAACACAGUCAAGGCCAUUAAGGAUGAACUUGACGAGAUGUUCCGGCCUCUGGGUACAUGCUUGGAUGGUGUGAGGCAAGUGGUAAACCAAGGGGGUGAGGUUCUAUCACGUGAGGAACUAGAGUCACUAGACCAGGCUGCUACCAUUCUUAAGCAACGCUAUGACCACUGUGUGGUUCAAGCCGACACCACACACCGUCGUCUCACAACUGCCAUGGAAGAAUUUUCAAAAUAUGAAAAAGAGAUUGCUCUCUUCCUCACUUGGUUGAAUCAAGCCACAAAGACCCUAUUGGAGAAGGAGCGGCUUUGCUCAGACCUUAAUAAGAUUAAAAUCCAUGAGCAAGGGUGUCGAGACUUCCUGGGGGAUGUGAUUGCCCAUCAAGCUGACUUGCGUUUCAUUACCAUGGCCACACAGAAGUUCCUAGAUGAAUCAAGUUUAUACUUGCGUACUGUGAAUAACUUCCGCACAUCUUUGCCAGAGCGCUACCCAUUGUUACAAGCUGAUCCAGACUCUGUGGUUCGUGAUGCUGCUGAUGAUGUUAGUGCAGAAUUCAAGGAUCUGCUAGCACGUGCCAAUAAGCUCGUUGACAGGGCGACAAGUGUUGGUAAUAAACAACGUGACUAUACAGAAGCCAUUGAAAAGGCUACCCGCUGGCUCAAAGACACUGAGGUAAAGGUGGUACGCAUUCUGCAAGAACCUGUUGGUGCUGAGCCUAAGAGCGUUCAAGACCAAUUAGAUAAAGCUAAGGCAAUCAACAAUGAUGUGGUAGCUCAGUCACGAUUGUUUGAUAACUGUCGUGCAACAGCAGCCUCUCUACUCCGUGCCCUGGAGGGUGAGCUGGAUGCUAGAGAACAACAGGCCAUUGAACAACCUCCAGAGGAACUGGCUGACCGUUAUGCUGAACUUGCUGACCGCCUAGGAAUCCGCUGCCAGGACCUAGACACUGCCCUUGUCCAAUGCCAGGGUGUCCAGGAAGGCCUCGACUCACUCAUGAAUUGGCUCAAUAGUAUUGAUCUUCAGCUAAAGAACGUGAGCAAGCCAGCCUCGCUAAACCGCGACCGUCUUGACGAACAGCUGAGGGAACACCGCCAGCUCCACGCAGACAUCAUGUCCCACCAGGCAUCAGUGGUCCAGAUCAACGACUCUGCCGAGGCUCUGCUCUCCUCCGCCUCCAACGUCAGGGUCGCCAAGAAAAUAGAGACCAAACUGAGGGAGCUCAACACAAAGUUCGAGAAGGUGGUCGAUAAGUCAGAAUCUCGUGGACAGCAUCUGGAAAUAGUCUCGACUCGACUGGAUGCUUUCACCGUCUCGGUUGAACACUUUGAGGAAUGGUACAUUGAAAUUGUGGAAGUUGUUGAAUCUCGGGAAGUUCUAUCACUGGAUGUCGAAAGCUAUGCUCAGAAGAUUGAAGAAAUUGCUCUUCAGCGAGAUUCACGUACGGAUGACUUUGAUGGUAUGAUAAAAACUGGCAAAGAACUGGUUUCAAAGAAGGAUGUCACAGACACUGCACCUGUGAAGGAUAAAAUUAAGAACUUAGAAGGCCAGUGGAAAGAACUGAGUGACACACUAGAUGAACGGGCACGUAAUGGCAAGGAACGCUCGGAGCAACUUAUUGCUUAUGAACAGCUACGCGACCGCUGUACACAAUGGAUUACCACCACAGAAAACACUUUGGAUAGUGCUCAAGCUGUCGGAUUGGAACAAGAAGUUAUUAAAAAACAGGUUGAGGACCUCAAGCCAAUUCUCAGAGAGUAUCGUGAGUAUGGCACCACAGUUGACAAGCUGAAUGAGCUUGGUAAUGCAUAUGAUGCAUUGCUACGUGGAGAAAGGCCAGAGAGUCCAUCAAGAAGACGAUCAUCUGUGACUCCAGUGAAGCGUCCAUCAAUCACCUCGCCUCUUAAAUCUCCAGCGAGGCGAGUGUCACAAGAUGCACGCAGUCCUUCACCAUCUCACAAGUUGAUGGGCUUCAACGGCUCUGGCCCCAUGUCUCCCAUACCAGGCGGCUAUGCUAGCAGACGUACAUCACAAGAAGGAUUCCAUCUUGAUGAUAUGAGUCCUAUCCAGAAAGAGUUGAUGCAAGUGAACAACCGUUAUGAUAUGAUUGGAAUGAGGCUUACCGAUCGUCAGAAUGACUUGGAUAUUAUGAAAGAUGAACUGAAGAAGGUGGCUGACAGUAUAAGAUCCAUCACAUUAGCUCUAGACAAAUCAGAGCGCAGUAUGCCAAGAGAAGCUGUACCUACCACAAAGGAAGAAGCUGAUAAACAUAAUAGACAGUGCAAGUCUAUACUUGAUGAACUUCAAGAGAAACAACCUGCUUUGGAUUCAUUGAAGAUACAGGUAGCAGAAUUAAUAAAGAAGCGACCAACAGCUCCAGGUGCCGAUAUCUUGCAAGAUCAAGUAGACCUUGUGAAUGAUCGUUUUAAGGAACUGCAGGGUCGAUUGAAAGAUCGCCUUAGUUUCCUGGAGCAUAUAAAAGACUUCCUUGAUAGUUAUGAUUCUCUCAACAACUGGCUUGUUUCUAAAGACAGAAUGAUGACUGUUCUUGGACCAAUAGCAUCUGAUCCUCGUAUGGUUCAAAUGCAGGCACAGCAAGUUCAGGUAUUGAGAGAUGAAUUUCAGGCCCAAGAACCAAAACUGGGUGAUCUUAACGAUGCUGGUGAUACCAUUAUUGGUGUGUGUGAACCAAAUUCAAUGGCUGCUAAGAAAAUCAAUGACAAAUUGGACAGCAUUAACAAUAAAUGGACAGAACUCAUUGGUCAGUUAGAUGCUCGUGAUUCUGCUCUUAAUGCAGCUUCAGAUGCUAGUACAGACUUUUAUGAUAAUUACAACAAAUUGCAUGAUGCACUUAUCAAGUUGGGUGAUGAUUUUGAUGAAGUUAUUGCUGCUGGUGCAGAUACUGCUAAACAGAUAGAGGCUGUAAAUGCUCUAGAAAACGGUUUGGAAACAGCACGCGGUACCUUGAUUGAUCUUGAAGGACUUGGUGAACAACUUACAGCAAUUUUAUCUGAUCCAUCGUCAAAGAAUGACAUAAAGUCUAAAAUUACUCAGCUUAACAAGAUGUUUAACAACCUUGAAAGGAAGCUAGGUAACCGUAAAUCUGAAUUGGAAGCAUCACUCAGAGAUGAAGAAAUGUUUGGCCAGUCAUGCCAUGAUAUUCAGGAAUGGUUAGCAGAUCAAGUAGCUCACCUGAAGGAUCGUCUGUUAGUUUCUGCAGACAGAGACGUACUGUCAAAUCAAGUGGGUGACUUUGAGCCCAUUUAUAAGGAUCUAAUGGCUAAAGAACAUGAAGUAAUCAUGAUGAUCAAUAAGGGUAAGGAUAUAGUUGCAAAAUCAUCUCGUAAGGAUCUCAGCCGUCAGUUAUCAGAGACUUUGGAUGCUAUCAAGAAAGAAUGGGACAAUGUUCGUAAGACAGCUGUAGACCGCCGCACAAGACUACAGAAAUGUAUGGAUACAUGUAAAAAGUUCCACAGUCAACAGGACAAGUUCAAUCCUUGGUUAGACACUGCUGAAGAAAAAGCACACAACUUAGAACCUAUUGCCUUUACAAAGAAAGCAAUUGAUAAGCAGAUAAAGGAAAUUCAAUAUUUCAAAAAUGAAGUGUCUCGGCAUAGUGGUGAAUAUGAGAACAAUAAAACUGCUGGUGAAAAGCUAAUUUCAUGUACAGAUACUGAUCAUGAAGGAGUUGAAGAAGCUCUUGCUUUCAUGAAGGAACGCUGGGACCAUCUUAAUGCAGUUGUUUUUGCUCGAGCUCAAGACUUAGAUGAUGUUGCUGCAAAAUUGACAGACUUCAGUGACAAAGCCAGAGAUCUUGAUCACACAUUGCAGCGUUGUGGAGACAGAUUAGCUUCUCUUGAUUCCCUUUCUGGAGCAGGAAAGGAUGCAAAGUCAUUAGAGAGGAUGAAAGCUCUUCUUGAUGAAACAGAUGCACUUGGUAAGCAGGUGGACCAAGUAAAAUAUAAGGGUGAAGAUUUAUGUGGGACAGCUGAUGCUCUUGGUUCAGAUGCUAAUCAUAUCCAUGAGGAGGUUGAAAGACUCACAGAUCGCUUUGGUGACUUGAAGGGUAGAUUGGAGGAGCGCUGUCAUGAUCUGGAGGAGGCUUCUCAGGCAGUAAACCAGUUUGGUGCACUCGUUAAGAACGUAGGUCAAGAAUUAACUGGUUUGGAUGAUGAACUUGAUCGCAUGAGACCUGUUGGAAGAGACACAAAGACUGUUACUAGUCAGAUUGAUCAGCUUCACAGUUUUCUGUCAAAGGUUGACCUCAAGAAUGAGGAAAUUGAGGAUGCUAAAACAGCUUUAGAUGAUUUAGUCACUCAAGGAUUCACAAGUGCUAAUAACCGUGCAGCUGAAGAUCAAAUUAAACAGCUUGGACGGCAGCUGAAGAAAAUACAAGACCGAUGUGAUGCUCGUGGGAAGGAUCUUGAUACUGUUUUGAAAAAGUUAGAGAAUUUCUAUGAUAAGUACAACUCUGUCAUGGAUGAUAUACAAGAAGCAGACAAGGAAGGAGAUACAUUCAAACCAGUAGGUGCAGAUGUAGACACUAUUAUUACCCAACAGGAGGAGUUCAAGCAGUUCAAAGGAGAAAGGGUAGAGGCUCUUGGAAAACAGGUUACUGAAUGUAACAAACUUGGACAAGGUCUUAUUCAGAGUGCUGCUUCUGGUGUUAACACACAAGGCCUUGAAAAUGACAUUGAUGGAAUGAAUGACUUGUGGAACAAGUUAAAAGUAAUGAUUGGUGACAGAGAAAAAGCUUUGGAUAAGGGUUUAAUGCAGUCGGGUAAAUUCCAGGAUGCAUUGGAUAGUAUGCUGCAGUGGCUAGGAAACUUUGAAGAAAUGAUGGAGAAUCAGGCACCAAUUUCAGGUGAAUAUUCUGUGGUAAAGGCCCAAGCCCAAGAACAGAAGUUCUUGAGAAAAAUGCUUAUAGAUCGCCAAAAUGAGAUGCAAGCCCUUCUUGCCAUGGGUCGUAAUCUAGCAGCUGAUCUAGAACAAUCUGAAAAGGCUGCUGUGGAAGGACAAUUGGAUGACUUGCUUAAUCGCUUUGAUGAUGCUAGUGCUCGAUCUCAAGAACGCAUGGAAGCUCUUGAAGAAACGCUCAAGGUUGCAAAGGAAUUCCAAAAUAAACUUAAUCCUAUUACUGAAUGGCUAGAUCGUACUGAAAAGAAAUUGAAGGAGAUGAGCACUGUACCAUCUGAUGAGGAAAAAAUACAAAAACUUCUUGAUGAGCAUGAUAACUUACACGAUGAGAUUUUAGGUCAAAAACCUGCAUUUGAUGACCUUACUGAUGUUGCCACUGCUCUUAUGAGUCUUAUUGGAGAUGAUGAAGCCAAUGCUUUAGCAGACAAAUUACAAGCUACCACUGAUAGGUAUGGACAGUUAGUAGAAGACUCUGAAGUCCUUGGGCGUCUCCUCCAAGAGUCAAAGGUUGGUCUCCGCCACCUGGUACUUACAUACGAAGACUUGUUAUCUUGGAUGGAUGAAAUGGAAGCUAGAUUAUCAAAGUAUCGCAUCUUGUCAGUAUUUGUGGAAAAGCUCUUGGAACAAAUGGAUGAACUGACUGAUCUUGGAGAAGAAGUAGUUGCACAUGAGAAACAAGUGGCAGAGGUUAUGGAUGCUGGAUCUCAUUUGAUGAAGCACAUUUCAAGUGAUGAAGCUCUUCAGCUGAAAGAUAAGCUUGACUCUAUACAUAGGCGCUACAAUGAUCUUAGUGCUAAAGCUACUGAUCUUCACAAAGCUGCAAAUGAGGCCUUGCCUCUGGUACAACAAUUCCACAGUGCCCAUGAACGUCUUGGAUCUUGGAUGUUGUCUGUUGAAGGUCAGCUUCAGAGCAUAGAUUCAUCUGGUCAGGGGCUGUUGGAGGAAGAAAUAGAAAGGCUAGCUCAUGAAAUACAAGAAAAUCGUCCAUUAGUGGAGGCAGUAAAUUUGGUGGGGCCACAGUUAUGUCAGAUUUCUCCAGGUGAAGGUGCUGCAAAUAUAGAGACUUUAGUAACAAGAGACAACAGAAGGUUUGAACAAAUUUGUGAACAAAUUCAGAGAAGAAUGGAGAGAAUUCACAUGUCCAAACAAAGGUCACAAGAAGUCACUCAAGAUAUUGAUGAGCUUCUGGGCUGGUUCCGCGAGGUAGAAGGCCAGAUACGCGAGGCUGAACCUCCUAGUGUGGAUCCUGAAGAAAUUAGAAUCCAGCUGAAAGAACAUAAGGCUCUGAAUGAUGAUGUUGCAAGCCAAAAGGGCAGAGUAAGAGAUGUUUUAUCUAAUGCCAAAAAAGUAUUGAGAGAGUCUCCACAUCAUGAAGACACAAGUGAGCUUAGAGAAAAAAUGGAUGAUCUUAAGGAAACUAUGGAAUCAGUUUCUAAAUUAUCAUCAGAUAGGCUAUCGACACUGGAACAAGCCUUACCUCUUGCUGAACAUUUCUUUGAAACCCACCAUGAGCUUGAUGACUGGCUUGCAGUUAUGGAAAAUGAGGCAAUGGUAAUGGAUACUCCUGCUCUUAGGGCUGAUCAGAUCAUUCGCCAAAUGGAGAAGAACAAAACCUUCCUUCAGUCUAUUGGUGACCAUAAACCUCUUCUUGACAAACUUAACAAAACAGGCGGAGCACUUUUGAAACUUGUUAAUGAUGAAGAUGGUGCUAAAAUACAAGAACUUUUGGAAAGUGAUAAUGACAGAUACAAUGCGCUUAAAUAUGCACUUCGUGAACGUGGUCAAGCUCUGGAGGAUGCCUUGCAGGAAACUAGUCAGUUUGCUGAUAAAUUGGAUGGUAUGCUUUCUGCUCUAGCCGAGACUGCUGACCAAGUGAAGAAUGCCGAACCUAUUGCAGCCCAUCCCGAGAAGAUCCAUGAGCAAGUACAAGAAAAUAAUGGCAUCAUUGAUGAUCUUGACAGAAAAGAAUCUGCUUUUACUGCUGUAAAGGCUGCUGCAGAAGAUGUCAUCAAUAAGGCAUCACGAAAUGAUCCAGCUGUGAAAGACAUAAAAACUAAGCUGGAUCGCCUGAACAAGCUGUGGGAUAUGGUACAACUGGCAACUACUCAGCGUGGUCAGUCUCUGGAAGAUGCUCUUGCUAUGGCUGAAAGAUUCUGGGAUGAAUUGCAGAAUGUUAUGACUGCACUGAAAGAUCUUCAAGAAACAUUAAAGGCUCAAGAACCAGUAGCAGUUGAACCACAAGCUAUUAAACAACAACGUGAAGAAUUAUCUCAAAUUAAGGUUAAGAUUGAUCAGACUAAGCCAGAAGUAGAACAAGUUCGCCAGACUGGUCGUGACCUGAUGACAAUUUGUGGUGAUGCUGAUAAACCUGAAGUUAAGAAGAACAUUGAAGAUCUGGAUUAUGCUUGGGAUAAUGUUACUGCUCUAUAUGCUAAACGUGAAGAGAACCUAAUUGAUGCUAUGGAGAAAGCUAUGGAAUUCCAUGACACAUUAAGGAAUAUGCUGGAGUUCUUGGAGAAGGCAGAGGAUAAAUUUAGUGGAAUGGGUCCCAUUGCUGGAGACAUUGAAGCCAUCAAAGGACAGAUUACUCAACUGCACAAGUUUAAGGAUGAGGUUGAUCCGCAUAUGGUGAAAGUUGAAGCCUUGAACAGGAGUCUAAGAAGACAAGCUCAAGAGUUGAAAGAAAGAACAUCAGCUGAUCAGGCAGUUGCCAUUAUGGAACCUUUAGGUGAAGUGAACAAACGUUGGGAUGAGCUGCUGAAGGGGAUUGUUGAAAGACAGCGCAGCUUGGAAUAUGCUCUUCUUAAGCUUGGACAGUUCCAGCAUGCUCUCAAGGAAUUAAUGAUUUGGAUUGAACGCACAACAAGAACUGUAGACGAUCUGAAGCCAGUAUUUGGUGACCCGCAAGUUAUUGAGGUUGAAUUAGCAAAAUUAAAGGUUACAAUCAAUGACAUUCAGGCUCAUCAGUCCAGUGUUGAUACCCUUAAUGAUGCUGGUAGGCAACUGAUUGAAGCUGAUAAGGGGUCUGAAGAUGCUUCUAAUACACAAAAGAAACUAUUAGAACUAAACAAACAGUGGAGUGAAUUACAGGAUAAAGCAACUGGUAAACAAAAUGAUUUGGAAAGUGCACUUAGAGAAGCUCAAAUAUUCAGUGCUGAAAUUCAAGAUCUCUUACUUUGGUUAGGAGAUAUUGAUGCUGCCUUGUCAAGUUCCAAACCAGUUGGAGGUCUUCCAGAAACUGCAAAGGAACAGCUCCUUCGCUUUAUGGAGAUAUAUGAAGAUUUGGAGGAGAACCGUUCUAAAGUAGAAGCAACUCUUCAGCAAGGGCAGGAAUAUCUGAAACGUUCUCGUGAAGGAGCUGCUACUAAUCUCAACCAUAGCCUUCGUACCUUAAAACAACGUUGGGAAAGUGUCAUGAAUCGUGCUAGUGAUAAGAAGAUCAAGUUGGAGAUAGCUUUGAAAGAGGCUACAGAAUUCCAUGAAGCAUUGCAAGCAUUUGUCGAUUGGCUUACUGAAGCAGAGAAUUUGUUAAAUUCCCAACAUCCAGUGUCACGUGUUCUGGACAUCAUUCUUGAACAGAUUGAAGAACAUAAUAACUUUAAGAAAGAUGUCACUGCACAUAGAGAAGUAAUGCUUAGUUUAGAUAAAAAAGGAACACAUCUUAAAUAUUUCAGUCAGAAGCAAGAUGUCAUAUUGAUUAAGAAUUUGCUAGUUUCUGUGCAGCACCGUUGGGAGAAAGUAGUAUCUAAAGCGGCAGAAAGAACACGCUCUCUUGACCUUGGAUUUAAGGAAGCUAAAGACUUCCACGAUAAUUGGAAUGAAUUGGUCACUUGGCUCGAUGAUGCUGAGAACUCCCUUGAUGACUUGGCUGCUAAUGUUGGAAAUGAUCCUGAAAAAAUUAAAGCCCAAAUUGCCAAGCACAAGGAAUUCCAAAAAGCUCUUGGGGCCAAGCAACCAGCCUAUGAUAGUACAAUGAAGCAGGGUCGAGGUCUGCAGAACAAGGCACCAAAGUCUGAUGAAGAGACAUUAAAGCAAAUGAUGACCGACCUCAAGAACAAGUGGAACAGUGUUUGCCAGAAGAGUGUAGACCGCCAAAGGAAGCUAGAAGAAGCUCUUCUCUUCACUGGUCAGUUUAAAGAUGCUACUCAAGCUCUUUUGGAUUGGCUUAAGAAGGUAGAAUUAGGGCUUGUUGAUGAUGGGCCAGUUCAUGGAGAUCUGGAUACAGUUAUGGCACUAGUUGAGCAACACAAGGCAUUCUGUGCAGAACUCAAGAACCGCUCUGUACAAGUUGGGAGUGUACGGCGUACAGCAGAUGAACUGUUAAUCAAGGCUAGUGCUGAAGAUGCUGUUACUAUUCGUUCACAAAUUGUCGAGUUAGUAAGCUCUUGGGAAAGGGUUGAGACGGCUACAGAAAUUCGUACUAGACGGUUAGAGGAAGCGUUACAAGCUGCUGAACAGUUACAUAAGGUUGUGCACAUGCUGCUUGAUUGGUUGUCUGAUGCAGAGAUGAAACUCAGGUAUGCUGGACCAUUGCCAGAUGGUGAAGAGGAGACAAGACAACAAAUUGCUGAGCAUGAAGCAUUCUUGGCCGAAUUGAAUCGUAAAGAAAGAGAAAAAGACGAUACAAUUGCCUUGGCUGAAGAUAUCCUUGCCAAAGCUCAUCCAGAUGGUGUUGCAACUAUUAAGCACUGGAUCACCAUUAUUCAGUCGAGGUGGGAGGAAGUUAUGGCAUGGGCCAAGCAGAGAGAAACCAGAUUGGCAGACCACCUUAGAAGUCUACGGGAUCUUGCUGGACUUCUUGAUGAGCUCAUGCGCUGGCUUAUACAGGCUGAGAACAAUCUGACAAUCUUGGAAGCAGAACCGCUGCCUGAUGACAUUCCUGCCAUUGAGGCUCUCAUUACUGACCAUAAGGAGUUUAUGGAUGAAAUGCAGAAGAAAGAGCCCGAUGUGCUUAGCAUAUGUAAGCCUACCAAACCUCGACCAUCACUUUCACAGCAAGGCAAAAAGCGAUCAAGAGCAUCUCUUGGUCGUGAGAGUGAGAGUCCAGGAAGAGAAUCGUCACCAGAAUUUGAUUACCCAUCACGGCGGUCCAGUCGUAUCAGUCCAGAUCGAGAAUCCUCGCCAGGACCUAAAUCUCGAAAGUCCAGCCGAUCAUCACCGGCACGUGAGAUCACCCCCACACGGGAGUAUCCAAGACCAUGGAUGUAUGGAGCAAGAACAACACCACCACGAGAGUCCUCACCGGGAGCUGAUCGUGAAAGAGACUGGCCACUUGUGCACUUGCGCUUUGCCACAUCAACACCAACGCCUUCUGCUGCUGCUACUGCAGCAGGCGGGAGAAAGAGCAGCAAAGCUAGUGUGCGAGAGGAACCUCAAAUCAAGAAUCCCCAGGCACGUGCAUUGUGGGAAAAAUGGCAACAUGUUGGCUUCAUGGCAUGGGAACGUAUGCGACGUCUCCAUGACAAACUCAGCUACCUCCAUGAACUUGAGAAGCUAAAGAACUUCUCGUGGGAAGAAUGGCGAAAGAGGUUCAUGAAGUUCAUGAAUCACAAGAAAUCAAGAGUGACGGACCUUUUCCGUAAGAUGGACUCUGAUAAUGAUGGAGCCGUUCCUCGUGAUGACUUCAUUGAUGGCAUCCUUAAGACAAAAUUCCCAACCAGCCGCUUGGAAAUGGGCACGGUAGCAGAUAUAUUUGAUCGCAACCAAGAUGGGUAUAUUGAUUACCAAGAAUUUAUAGCAGCUCUUCGGCCAGACUGGGAGCGUAAGGGUCCCUUGACUGAUGCUGAAAGAAUUGAUGACGAAGUUCAGAAGCAAGUUUCCAAAUGCACUUGUCGUCAGAAGUUCAGAGUUCACCAAGUAGGGGAGGGCAAAUACAGGUUUGGAGACAGUCAGAAACUUCGCCUGGUCCGUAUCUUGCGAUCAACAGUUAUGGUUCGUGUUGGAGGUGGAUGGGUGGCACUAGAUGAAUUCCUUGUCAAAAAUGACCCAUGCAGAGUAUGUCCAUCCAUACCUGAAUUAGAGCAGGUUGGAGAAUUGGAACUUCAUGAGCAUGGUUGUCCCUUAAGGGGGAAGACGUCACCAGCUGGGUCCUGCCGUAGCUCCUCCAAGGGUCGUACCAAUGUGGAGUUACGUGAGCAGUUCAUCCUAGCGGAGGGCGUUUCUCAGAGCAUGACACCAUUCAAGUCCAAGCCUAGCCCCAACAGUUCUGUGUCGAGCCAGUCCGGUACUCCUGCCCAGCAUCGAUCCCAGUCCCUGCCCAACUCUGGGCCAAUUAUAAAGGUUCGGGAAAGAACAGCAAAGAGCUCGGCAAUGGGGCGAACUUCCUUCAGUGCUGGCACCCCAGAUUCUUCAUUCAGUGAAGAAGGAGGGUCAUCAUCAUUCCAUCUCCAUGGAGGCAAACGCAAGGCCUCGGCACCAGUUACAUCCCGCUCCUCUUACAAUACUUCAGGUGACAGUCAACCAGGAAGCCGGUCAGGGAGCCGUCCACCAUCACGAGGUCCUGGAUCACAUCCAGGAUCACGUCCUCCAAGCCGUGCAGGCUCUGAAGUAUCCCUCGACUCGUGUGAUGGGGGACGAACUCCUAUGAAACGCACACCUUCAUUUACAGGACGCACACGUGCACCAUCUAGUCAGACUUCUGGGGUUCAGCGGUCAUCGUCUCUUAGAAAGGCCUCGGCCCCUGUCAAGUCCUCUACAGGCACUGUCAACGGUACAGGAACACGUGCCAUCUCUGUUUCUUCAAGGUUAUAUUCACCGACUCUGUCCAGUCGAUUGAAAGAGGCAGGAAUUAGGACCAAAAUUCCGGUUCUUGUGAGUCCUGCCUCUGAUUGGGAACGGACUAACCUCUCUGGCUCCACAUCUAAUCUGAAUGUACCGGCAACUCCCCUCAGGUCCCGAACUUCAUCAACUACUAGUCUUAACUCCAAUCAUUCCACAAGCAAAAUCCCAACUCUGAGACAAAAAGUAUCAGCCACACAUACCACCACUUCCAAGACUUCUACAACAUCAAGGACUCGGACUCCGUCGGGUUCCAGCAGCACAGGUGGAAGUACUAAAGUUACACGGAAGCCAUCGGCAGCCUCAGACUCGCCAUCUGGGGUAGCGAGAAAGACGGGAAUUGUAGAACCAAAACGCAAAGUGUAAUUAAUUAAAAAUGUGAAUGAUGACAAAUACAAGAUGUAAACUCUCUAAUUAUACAACACCAAAUGCAAGUGAACAUUCACAACUGAUAAACUGACACUGUGUUUUAACAAUGUAAACAGUAGUGGAUGCCAAACAUUAGUGGUAACUGUGUACAUGGUCACCACUAGGAAAAUUUAUAUAUAUAUAUAUACUGGUCAAGUUUAUACUUAUCCAGUACAUUAUUUGGAGAAAGCUUUAACUGAACAGAUCAUUGUGAUGGUUAAGUUAUAUUUGACAUUAAAUUAACAUAUUUAUCAUUGAAGGGUUUUUGUGAUGAAAUCUACAUAACUUAAAAGACACUAAGAAACAUUCACAUAUAUGAUUUUAUUAGCAUAUGUGAUAACAUGACAGGGCAGGUCCUGUUGCCUAAUAUGUGGCAGGAUUUGGUAUAUUGAGCCUAAAUUGUUUUUAUAAUAUAAUGUGAAAGUGGAUUAUAAAAACACACGGGUUCAUUAUGUCUGGUCUGGUCAUAGUGAUACAUGUAGGGUAGUGCAAGCCCAUUUUGAGAUUUCUCAGCCAUUCCACUCAACAUAUCUUGCUUGCUUGUGAAUAUAGGUUGUUUAUAUGCAAGUCUAUUAAGACAUGAUGCUUGAGUUUUUUUUCUGCAAAACUCUGAAUAUUCAUAAAUAUAUCUCUAAUGAUAACAUUGCAAGUUAUCUCUCUACAUGCCUUACAAAGUUAAUUUUCUCCAUUUUUCUUUCAUUGAACAAGUACAGAGCUCAGUUCAGCAGAUAAAUGUACUCGUAUUGUUCAUAAUCCAAGGCUAUUCUCAAGUGCUCACAUUAACGCUUCAUAACUUGUCUGUUCGUAUCAUCCAAACAAAGCUAUAUGGGGUAAUACAGGUUGCUAAACACCUUGUAAGAAGUAUAUGUUGAUUUGCAAUUUGGAGUACAGCAGGAGUUAAAUGGUGCUUUAUAGUCAUAGAAUUUAUACUAAACACAUAUUGGUACUUGGAAUUGUUAAAAUGAGCCUCGGUGGUUUCUUGUCUGUGCUGAACUGCAAAUGUGAUGAGAACAGUGAGCUUGAAUUACAGAUAGUGUAAUACUAGAUUUCCCAAUUGUAAAUGGGAAAAAUAUUGUAACGGCAACACAAAGGCUGAUUUCGUUACUUUGUUUUGUAAGGUAUCAUUCCAUUGUGUACCGUUCAGUCAGAAUUUCUUGUUAAACAAAAAAAUAUCAGUCGUUUGUCGUGUAAAUAUGACGGUUCAAGUGGCUCUGAGGUAAGAUGUGACCAUAAUGAGAGGGCAACACAAGGAGACAAUCUGGUUCUGGGUUUUUAAGAAAGUUCACACCAUCAGCUUUCUUUUGGGGUUGUGUUGUUGUAUUGCCCACUCAUUUUGGUACAAAUUUCUAUUCUUUUCUUUUUUGUUGUUCAAAAUCUUUUUUUAACAAUUUUAAUUAUGGUAAAUUUCUUGCUGUUUUCCGUUUUUGUUGUACCUGUAUUGUUUGUAUAAACCUUCGCUUUCAUGCUUUUUUAUAAGUUGUAAAUAUAAUAAUGUUAAAGCCCAAUGAGAGACUUAAUUAUAAGGGCACAAAAGAAAUAUUGAAACUAAAUGAAAUCAGAUGUACUAAAGUUCUUUUGUUUGAACAUACUAUACUUGACCAAUCAUAGAAUAUUUUUUGUAUUUAAAUUGCUUAUGAUUAUACUAAUGCUUCGAUAAUAAAUGAGUAACAAAA